AUGCCCGCCCACUUGACCGCCGUCUACACAUCGCCAACUGCGACCAACACCUUCUCGUCCCCGCUCUCAUCCGCCCCCACCGAAGCCAGCUCGUCACAGGAAAAGUCGCAAUAUCUCGCUCACCUGCGCGACAACGUCUCUCAAAUGCAACACGACAUCAACCAAUUCUUGACCAAAAAGAUGGAAGAGGACAAGGCUGCCACCGACGCUCCUGCUGCGUCAAACGACGAAGACAUGGAAGAGCAGAUGUACGGAGAGGAAGUCGUCGAUGAGGCCUGA